CCUUCUCCCCGCAGCCCCGGGUGCGCAUUCCUGGCUUGGCUGCUCGGUGCGCUCGCCAUGGCCGCGGAAGGGCGCCCCUCGACGGCGCUGUCGUGCCUGCUGCUCCUGCCGCCGCUGCUGCUGCUGCUGCUGGCGGCGCGCCCCGACGGCGCGGACGGCCAGCAUCCCUGGAGGCAGCAGAUCCGCUGGGAGAGCGGAGGCAGGCUCUUCAGCCUCUUCAACAGCGCCGCCCGCUUGCGGCCGCCCCGUCGGGGUCCCGCCGGCGACCACCACCAGCCCCAGAGCCUCUACCUCAGCAUCGCCGCGCGCCCCCGGACCGCGGCUCCCGGGCGCGUCCCGCGGGCCGGACCCGUCGCCCUCCAGGCCACCCGGGGCUUCCCCAGCUGGGGGGAAGAAGGCUCCGGGAUGGGGCCGGCUGCAGGAGCAGCAGCAGGUCACCCCAGGGGCUGA